CAACCUGCUGCCGCGGGUGACAGACGUAGCAUCCUGGGGGAGACUAAAGCUGUGUGGUGUGAGCUGUGGCCCUGAGAUGACAGUCCGUGAUCGCUUUGCUGCGUGAUCCCCGCCCACAGCUGUCACAAAUAUGAGUUUACUUCAGGAGGCGAUGGAAAGGCCGGCUUUGGGUCGGAUUAUAUCCAGAGAAAUGUAUGAGAGAAUUCUAAAAGAAAAGGGACCUAACCAGGACGUGUAUAUAUCAUACGCCAGUUUCUUAGCGGAGGUGGGACAAGUGAUAGAGAGCCUGGAAGUGCUGUUCCAUAUGUAUAAGUUGUACACUAUGACCACGGACAAGCUCUACCAGGUGAUUAGUAAAAUAGUUGAGUACCUGAGACAAGACUGGCGUGAGAAUGGUGCAACUCCGUGUCGGAACGUAUUCUCGUGCCCGUGUUGUCUGGGCGUACUGCACGACCCAGUGACGCUACAUUGUGGACACACGUACUGCAAGAGAUGCUUGCUGAAGGAAGGUCUCAGAACUUGUAGGGUGUGUCAGUGUAAACUCAAGAAUUUGUGUGUGUCUAGUAUUAAGCCUAAUGUGCUAGUUGUGACACUAGUGGACAGGUGGUGGGCAGGGGAGGUGGAGGGCGUCAAGCUACGAACACAAGGCAACAAUCACGUUAAGGAUCAGAACUUGGAAAAGGCCGUUAAUCUCUACAAUGAAGCCUUGGAGUGUGCUUCCUAUGACCAUUUGCUGCUGAGCAAUCGUUCUCAUGUGCUACACACCUUAGGCUGUGCAGAGGAAGCCCUUAGAGAUGCUGAAGCUGCUGUUAGAUGUCGGCCCGAGUGGGCAAAAGGAUACUUUCGGAAAGCUGUGGCUCAGGCUUCACUUGGCCGCUUUGAAGAUGUUCUUGUCUCUCUUUUACAAUGUGCUGUCCUUGAGGAGUCCAACAGUUUGCGGAGUAUCAAGGAUGAGAUCGCCAAGGCACUACAUCGGUUGUUGGUGCGACUAGCUUCUGGUCAGAGGUUUAGCGUAGAUGGAAGAGGUGGACGUAAUCAUCAUUGUUAUUCCCGGCUUAGUCCAUCACUCUCGGACCCAUCCAUACCUCCCGAGUCAGAUUCAGAGGACAGCGAGGACAGUGAAGAUAUACGACAGCGACAUCCGUCUGGGGCCACUGCAAUGCCUAUUGAAGAGGUCCCUCAUCUUAGAAACAUAAUGGACAAAUUUUUUCAUGAAAUGGAGAGGAGUAAAAAAGUUAGGACUGGUUAUGUUCGUCAUGUUGAUCCAAGCAAUUUUGAGAAGAAUGAUUUUGAAUGCACACUGUGUUUUCGUUACCUGUACCAGCCUGUUACAACUCCCUGUGGUCAUUCAUUUUGCCGUACCUGCUUGGACCGCUGUCUUGACCACUCCACAAAUUGCCCCCUCUGCAAAACAUCAAUUAGAGUGUAUUUGGCAGAGCGGCGGUCUGCAGUUACAGAAUUCAUUGAGGUGGCCAUGCAAACUGUCAUGGCAAAUGAUUGUGUAGAUCGGCAACGGCAACACGAAGAAGAGAUGGAUGAGCUAGCUGCUGCUGGCAAAGAUCCUCACCAUGAAAUUCCCAUAUUCAUUGCAACUUUAGGCAUACCAACAAUCUCCUGUCCCUUACAUGUGUUUGAGCCCAGAUAUCGAUUGAUGAUAAGACGGUGUAUGGAAUCUGGUACCCGGGAGUUUGGGAUGUGCAUGCCCAUGGAGAAUGCAGAAAAUGGUUAUGCUGAUUUUGGGACCAUGCUUGAGAUCAGAGAUGUAGAAUACACACAGGACGGUCGGUCCAUUGUCAACACUGUGGGUUCAAGACGCUUUCAAAUUGUCAGCAAAAGUGCCAAAGAUGGAUAUAACACUGCAGCUGUGGAAUAUCUCCAGGAUGAUACUGUACCUACAAACAGUUUGGGUGAGAUUCGACGCUUGCAUGACAAUGUACAUCAACUUGCUUCAUGCUGGUUUGAAUCCAUUGAGUCUAUGACAAAGAGACGAAUCCUCAGUCACUAUGGCCCUAUGCCAUCUCUUGAGGGAGAAUACUGGACAAUACCUAAUGGCCCUGCUUGGAUGUGGUGGAUUGUGGCCAUUCUUCCUCUCGACUCACGGAUCCAGUUAUCCAUCUUACGCGAGACCUCAUUACAUCGUCGCUUGGAAGUCAUUCAUAAAAUCCUUCGCUGUGUGAUAAUCCAGCAGCCCACUCGGCAAACAGUUACUGCCUCUCAGUGACUAACCGUUUUAGUCAGUAGUGUAAUUAAUUGUCUGAGCCAAAAUUACUGCUGGAUCUUGGUUCUGGUUGUUUUAUUUCUUGUAAUAGCUCAAUUCAUGUAUUAUUUGUAUUAAAAGUACAGUAACCAGAAUUUAGUAACUUUGGCAGGAAGUCGGGUUAAUGACACAUGUGCUGUAUCUGAAGAUCUCGGAUCAUAAAACUUAACAAGAUGACCAAAUAGCCAGUAUUCUCUUAAGUAUAAUACUAGUACAGUACAUUGCUUCCUCUGCUCAACCCAUCUCAUGUGUAGGCAAGUUAAGGCAUUAAAUAGCACACUGUACCUACUUAUGAGACUGUGCAUAUUUAUCAGCAAGGAAUUGAGUGUACAGUACAGUAUAUAGUGACCAACAUAGAAUUUUCUUUUUGCUGGUUGCUUCUCAGGUCAAUAUGUUUAGAAAGUGACAUGUUAUAGACAUGUACUGAUGUCCAGGAAUAUUUAUUAAAUUAUUUUAUAACAAUCAUUGCGUGCAAGUAUACACAUAUGUAUCCAUCAUUUUUAUACUAAAUUGCAGUUUGCAAUUGAUUUCUUUUUUUUCCUCGCACCAUUUUCAUUUACUGGUAGUUUAUUGGUCUGUAAAAUCCUAUUGGGGUAUCAGAGCUCAUAUUCCUUAAGCUUUCCAAAGAUCAUUGUUUCAUUUUCAUCACUGCUGCUGUAUCCUGCAUUGUAAAAUUGUACCUUUAACAUAUGUUCAGGAAUUUGGUUGUAAGCAGUUAUCUUGUGCAUAUUUGUGAUUAAGUAAAUUGUUCUAAAACUAAAUUUGGUGAAUUUAGGCCUUGAUUUAUUUGUAUUACCUACUUGGUAUGUUCAUACCUGUGUUCUGGGGAAUCACAAUCUUUUUGCAAGAUAAUGAGAUUUAUCUUUGCCUUUACAGUAUUUGUAAAACGUGUGAAACAUGCAUAAACAUGUCAGAUUAAUGAUGUGGCCAAGACAGGUGCUGGUGAGCAGUCAAACACUAUAUAAGAAAGACGGGAAAGCGUUUACCUUUAUUGAUAAAAAAAACGUGAGCCACUGUGCUCCGAUCAAUGCCAUCUGUUGGCAACGCGGCUAACUAAAAGCCCGGGUAGCGUUUCCAUGGUAACCAGCAGAGUGAGCUGAUAUUACCUUGAUGUCUUUGCCUUGACGUCCUUAAUGCGUACACAUGCACUCACAUACAAUAUUGCACAGUACAUUCUAUACGAUCAAUGAUAUAUAGCAACAUGAAACAUGAGCUUGGUGAUCCGUUUUUGUACGUGUGCAUACAGCACAUGGGUGAUGGUGACCCCCACUCAUGGUUAAAUGUCCCGUGACCAACUGUAUGCUGUGGCUUAUGCAGUUUUUGCCUUGCAUUCCCCUCAUUCUUAUAUAGUCUUUGGUGAGCAGUGAAGGUUAUGUUGUCAAAUAUUCAUUGUUGGGGAAAUGUGUCCCAUGUCAAUUUUCCCAUUACUAUGACAUAUUUUCUUACUUGGAGCCAGUACACAAAACUUUGUGGACCAUCUGGAAUGGUAGUGAAUUAUAGCUUCUGUGCCAAUGAUGAGAGUUUCAUUUAUAAUUAAUCUUUGAAAUACAAAUUCUUAUUUA